GACCACACGGCAUUAAUCAAGCUUACAAUUCUAGUGGAGUCUAUCAAGCAAGCGAUUAGUAAAUCAAGUACUUUCUGGAAAUAUGAUGGAGACCCUUUUUCUUCUCUUAAAAGAAACCAAAAUUCAAGAGAAGUAAGAAUUAAAUAUUUUGUCAUCCACAUAUUUCUAACGUCUUGGUAAGGCAUAGACCAGGGAGCAAAUUUGUAAGUUUGGACGGUGUUCAAACAAAUCCACACAAUGAUUAUCACAAUAGAUGUGGCUGAGAACAUUUAGUGUAAGAAGUAGCCUACCUAAUAUUCUUUUUGCUAUGCUUGAUAUGCAAAUCACUAAUCAUUUUAUCUCAUAAUUGCAUAAAUAAUUGUAGAACAUGGCCACAUGUGUACAUGAUCAAUGUUCUUGAAGUUCAGUUGUAUUAAUCCUUAUAAUGAUCAAUUCCAGAUGCAGCAGAUUAGUGACUCUAAUGACACAGGAACAAAGUUGAUUAUAUCUACUUUAAGUUGCUUGAAAUGCAAUAAAAUGAGGUGUCUUGACUUAAGAAAUACUUUCAUAGUCCCUGCAUUUAAAAGAUAGUGUAACAGUGUCUGAAACUUCAAACAUGAAGACUUUGAAAAGGUAAGCCGACAGAUUAGAAAUUACGCACUUUUUAGUUUUUGUAGAGCCCACAGAAGUUCAUAAUCCAAAACAACAGUCCAAACUUUUCUAUAAAUAAACAUCAUCACAUUCAUUCAUUCCCACAUCUCUCUUAUCUCUUCAAAACAUCCGAUGGCGUUAACACUUCGUUCUUCAACUUCUUUCAUUAAUAUUAAGGAUAUUAAAAAUACAAAAAAUAUAGAUGAAAUUUCAUCUGGCAUGGUUUGUUUUGCACAAAUCAAGCAGACACGAGGUCUCCGGAUAAGAAAUUCGAUGCAAGAAGCCAGGCAACACUCUCGGGAGAGGAUCUCUCCUCUUGAAAUGGGAAGAAAUGACGAGCAAAUUGAAAAGCUUCACAGGCCGUCUCGGCCACAUAAGAAAACUGAUUCAAGGGUACCUGUUUUUGUGAUGCUACCACUUGACACAGUCACUAUUGGGGGAAACUUGAACAAGCCAAGAGCAAUGAAUGCUAGUCUAAUGGCCUUAAAGAGUGCAGGGGUAGAAGGUGUAAUGGUUGAUGCUUGGUGGGGCUUGGUAGAAAAAGAUGGACCUCUUAAGUACAACUGGGAAGGGUAUGCUGAGCUUGUUAAUCUGGUUCAACGACAUGGCUUGAAGCUCCAAGUUGUCAUGUCUUUUCACCAGUGUGGAGGGAACGUUGGCGACUCUUGCAGCAUUCCUUUACCCCCAUGGGUGCUUGAAGAAAUGAGCAAGAAUCCUGAUCUUGUCUACACAGACAGAUCUGGGAGGAGGAAUCCAGAGUAUAUCUCCUUGGGCUGUGAUUCACUACCAGUGCUUAGAGGAAGAACACCGAUUCAGGUCUAUUCUGACUACAUGAGGAACUUCCGUGAAAGGUUCCAGGACUAUCUUGGAAAUGUCAUAGAGGAAAUUCAAGUCGGAAUGGGUCCAUGUGGAGAGCUGAGAUAUCCAGCUUACCCAGAGAGUAAUGGAACUUGGAAAUUUCCCGGAAUUGGAGAAUUUCAAUGCUAUGAUAAGUACAUGAGAGCUUCGCUAAAAGCAUCAGCUGAGGCAGCAGGAAAUAAAGACUGGGGAAAAGGUGGUCCUCAUGAUUCUGGCCACUACAAUCAAUUUCCAGAAGAUACCGGAUUCUUUAAGAAGGAUGGAACAUGGAACACUGAAUACGGGAAAUUCUUUCUUGAAUGGUAUUCAGGAAAGCUUAUUGAGCAUGGUGAUAAAAUUCUAUCAGCUGCUCGAGGAGUAUUUCAAGGAACUGGAGCUAAACUAUCUGGGAAAAUAGCUGGAAUUCACUGGCACUACAGAACCAGAUCUCAUGCAGCAGAACUAACAGCAGGCUACUAUAAUACAAGACAUCAUGAUGGUUACCUUCCACUAGCACGAAUGUUGAGUAACCAUGGAGUUGUAUUAAACUUUACUUGCAUGGAGAUGAGAGAUAGAGAGCAGCCAGAGCAUGCCUCACCCGAAGGCUUAGUUCGCCAAGUAAAGAUGGCAACCAAAGCUGCAGGAACAGAGCUCGCAGGAGAGAAUGCGUUAGAGAGGUAUGACGGGGGAGCAUUCUCACAAGUUCUAGCAACAAGUAGAUCAGAUUCUGGAAAUGCACUAAGCGCAUUUACCUAUCUUAGGAUGAACAAGAACUUGUUUGAAGCAGAAAACUGGCGAAAUAUGGUGGAGUUUGUGAAGAGCAUGAAAGAAGGUGGGCGGGACACAAGAUUACCAGAAGUUGACACGACUAGGACAGAUCUUUAUGUCCGAUUUAUCAAAGAAAAGAAUGAGCAAUCUAAGGAAGCUGCCCUUGUGUGAAUUUACAAGUAUAUUCAUGUACCAUGAUGCAUAGUGUAGUGUACUAUAGAGCAGCAUCAUGGAACGUGCAUCACAGACAUAGAAUAAAUCAUAGACUAUAAGUGGUAUAAAUUUACAAAUGUGUAAUUAGAAGAAAUCAGAUCGAUUUCAUGACUAGAAAAGUAACCUAGUCCAGAUGAUGCUGUAAUAUUGAUCCUGAUCAUGUUGUGCAUAUGGCAAACAAUAUGGGGAUUUUUUUACCCAUGAAAAAAUAUAGGAAUAAAUAUUUUAUUAUUUACAGAAUCA